AUGUCCAAGUUCUUUGAGGAUAUCAAUGGAUCUCGGACGACGAAACAAGUUGCCGCUCCUCAUCCAAUGCAAUACUCUUGGACUUUUUGGCAUCAUGUGAGGGGCAAGGAGACCGAAAACGUAACUACAUCUGGUAGUGUAGCUGAGCCUUCUGAACAGGAAAAUAAAGAGACAAGUUCGGAGGCUUCCAGAAAUGACUGGCAAAACACACUUGACCAAUAUUUACAGACCGUUAAACAAGUAGAGUUUCCAUCAGUGGCGAAUGGCGGUGCUACUACUACUACCAAUAUUGACUCAUGCGAACAGUUGUGGCAAUCAUUGAGCAAUUUGAGGAAAGUAUCUGACCUUCCAGUUGGCACAGAGCUCUUUUUGUUUAAAAGUGGAAUCAAGCCAGUUUGGGAGGAUCCUGCUAAUAAGGCUGGUGGAAGAUGGUUAAUCAAGUCCCGUUAUAGGAGAGCUCAAUGCGAUGCCUCAACCAUGGAGAGAUUUUCUUUGAUCUGGGAACGAUUGAUAUUGAGACUUUGUGGAGGUACCUAUUUCUCAAACUAUUCAGAUGCUGACUUUGAAGAGUUUCAAGACGACAUUUGUGGCAUUACCCUGAGUGUAAGAAAGAAUGAGGUGAUGAUAUACAUUUGGAAUAAGAACUCAAUAUCGUCGCAGAAGCCAACGAAUGAACCUCAGGAUGAAACCGAGCCUGACCAGGAUGGAGAGAAGGAAGCGGAACCAGAUGGGAAACUUAACGCGGAUGCAAACUUCACUCCACGUUUAAAUACAGUGAACAAAAUUCUUGCACCAGCAAUUUCCGUGAUCAAGGAAUGCGACUUGAUAUUAGAGGGGGCUGAUCCUCUAGAAGAUCAUAAAAUUGAAAGUUUGGCCAAUGUUUCAGAGCUUGCCUUUGAUUAUAGAUUUCACCACUCUAGCAAGAGAUUCUUUGUCCAAAACUUCCAGAAUGAUUAUAAUGCCGUCUAUAAAGCUCCUCAUCAAAAUAGGCAUUGGAAUAGAUCCAAUCAUAAUUCACACGGUCCAUUUUCCAGCAACCACAAUUCCAGUGGUAGGAAUUUCAAGGAUAGAAAAAAUAACUAUAAAGCUGCGGCCAAAACCGAUACCCAGUCGUUGUUUGCCAACCUAGGACGAUCCAGAAAGGGAGGCUCGGGCGAGCCGGGAGGUCUUUUGGGCAACAAACGGAGACUUCAAAGAAGUAGCCACAAGGAUGAAGAUUCUGCUUGA